AUGGGCAGCUUCAAGGACAAGCUGCUAGCGGCUGCAACAAUCGGCGGCGUCGUUGCAGUAGGCAUGGUCUUCAGUUCCAAUCCAAUGCUGAAGGCAAAGGCCAUCGACCUAACGAAUUUCAUGCGCGGGAACCCAAUUCUUGGUGUGGUCCUGCACUCAGCUUUCUCAACAGCUAUCACUGUGUCAGGCAUCCCCUUCUCUCUGGUGGACCUUGGUGCUGCCUGGGUCUACGGCUUCCGGGCGGCCAUGUGUAUGCUACUUUUUGCGAAGACGCUCGGAAGCAUCCUUUGCUUCCUUGUGGCGCGGAGCGUGCUGCCUGCGGCCCGAAAAGCCAGCGUUCUGUCGCAUCCAACGGUGGCUCGCGUCGACCGAAUACUAGCCAGCAGCCCGAUCUACUACGGGACACUCUUCCGGCUGGCUUUGCUUCCUACAUUCGUGAAGAAUUACGGCCUGGCCCUCUUGAACAUUAGGUUUCCUCAUUAUCUGACUUGCUGCUUGCUUGGCUCUUGCCUCGGCGUGCCGGCGCAGGCCUACCUGGGCUCUCAGCUCGGGGACAUCUACCUGGGCCUCAGGGAAGCCGAGUCCGUCGACCCCAUGAUUCUUUGGGGAGGCAUCGCUCCAGUUCUGUUCCUAGUGAUUCUGAUGCCGACGAUCGCCAAAGUCCUGCUCGGAAAAGAUGAGGAGCCUGAAGCGAGCGCAAAGAAGGCAGAGUAG